AUGGCGGCAGUUCAGACCACCAUUAAGACGGAGCUCUGCUCCUUCAGCGAGUACCGUAUUUAUCCAGGGAGGGGACAGAAGUUCGUUUCUCGUGAUGGAAAGGUACAUACGUACAUACACUCCAAGGAGGCUCGCCUGGGAAGACAGAAGCUGAAGGCAGCUAAGCUCCGCUGGACUCUGGUAUGGCGCCGCGCCAACAAGAAGAGCAGAGGAGAGGCCGUUGCUAAACGCCGCACUCGUAAGGGUGCAAAGAUUCAGAAAGCCAUUGUCGGUAUUUCCCUUGAGGAAAUCAAGCAGAGAAGAGCGGCAAAACCAGAUCCCUCAAAGAUGAGGAAGAUGCCAGCGAAGGAAGAGAAGAAGAAGGAGAAGAAGGAGAAGCCAAAGUCUACAGUAAUUCCUGGUGCCCGCUCUGCCCCAGCAAAGAUGGUCCCUAAACAGAAGAUGGCGCAAUCUCGUCUUAUGUAA